GUCUUGUUAGGUUAGUACCAUAGCACGGUUUUGUUGUCAUAAUAUCCUAUUACCUGACAGCAUCCACGGAAACAGUGCCUGGGAGAAGUGAAAUACCAUAAUCCACUUGUAAGGACUCUGCACCGCGCAUCUCUGUAACACAUUGCUUACCGUAGGUCAAGGGGAGUUUCGGAAUUAUCAUACCUGAAUCCUAUGUCUUGGCGUCAUGGCUUGAAUAGGGAGAUGAUUGAUUAUGUAAGGUGGGCGGCUAGAUAAACCCCACUAACCCCUGCAGCAAGUAACACAACUUACCUUCGUGGCAGUUCACAAUAGUUUAUCGUCUAUCAUCCACGGCAGGUGCCCCGGAGUUACAAGUCCUCCUCCCAGGAAAUCUUUAUCCUGUUAUCCUCCUCUCCUCCGUAUCGACCCGUCAUUCCCUAUCCCUCGGGUGCGGUCCCGUCGACUAGAACUCUUUCCCCUUCAACACACCUCUCCUGAACCAUCAACCUCGCCCGCCUACCGCUACCCCGCAACAAUGAGUUCCUGUAUGUGAAGAUAUCCUGUGAUGGAUGGAUUGAGCUAACUACAGGCAGUGAAGCAAUUCAUACGAGCCGUGCGGAGUGCGAAGACACUGAACGACGAGAGAGGCGUCAUCCAGAAAGAGAGCGCUGCUAUUAGAGCUUCAUUCCGAGAGGAAUCCGGGGACUCCAAUGUCCGGUUUGUCAUCCGCUAGCCUCACCUCCGUUAUCCUGUUUGCUGAUGGGCCGCCGCAGGAGGAAUAAUGUGGCGAAGCUAUUAUACCUCUUCACCUUGGGUGAAAGGACGCACUUUGGGCAGAUCGAGUGUCUGAAACUGUUAGCCUCCCCGAGAUUUGCGGAUAAGCGGCUGGGUUACCUGGGUACCAUGUUACUGCUGGAUGAGAACCAGGAGGUCUUGACACUUGUCACAAACUCUUUAAAAAAGUUCGUCGCAAGCCGUUCGUUUUAGUCUACGGUGUUCGAGGAAAUGCUUGCUUACCACUGGGACGUCCUACUAGUGAUUUAGAGCAUUCCAAUCAAUACGUAGUAGGGUUAGCGUUGUGUACCCUUGGUAAUAUCGCCUCGACGGAAAUGGCCAGGGAUCUUUUCCAAGAAGUCGAAAAUCUUUUAUCAACCGCCAACCCAUACAUUCGUCGCAAAGCCGCUAUUUGCGCCAUGCGAAUUAUUCGCAAGGUCCCGGAUCUGCAGGAACACUUCAUUGAUAAAACGAAGCUGUUGCUACAGGAUCGGAACCAUGGAGUUUUGCUCUGCGGAGUGACUUUGGUCACAGAUCUUUGCCAACAUGAUCCGAAUUUAGUCAGCCAGUUUAGACAGUUCACGACUGUCCUCGUUCGCCAACUAAAAAGUCUGACCAGCUCAGGGUAUGCGCCUGAGCACGAUGUUACUGGCAUAACAGAUCCGUUCCUGCAGGUUAAAAUUUUAAGGUUGUUAAGGGUACUUGGAAAGGGCGACGCUCAAGUCAGCGAACAAAUCAACGAUAUCCUUGCCCAGGUCGCUACCAACACCGAUUCCACUAAAAACGUUGGAAACUCGAUACUUUACGAGGCUGUCUUAACCAUUUUAGAUAUUGAGGCGGACAGUGGAUUGCGUGUGUUGGGCGUCAAUAUUCUUGGAAAGUUUUUGACCAACAAGGAUAACAAUAUCCGUUAUGUGGCUUUGAACACUCUUAUCAAAGUUGUUGCUGUUGAGCCAAAUGCAGUACAGAGGCAUCGAAACACCAUCUUGGACUGUUUACGGGACCCCGAUAUUUCUAUCCGCCGCCGUGCCUUGGACCUCUCAUUUACACUGAUCAAUGAGAGCAACAUCAGAGUAUUGAUAAGAGAGUUACUGGCCUUCUUGGAGGUUGCGAACAACGAGUUUAAGCCUGUGAUGACAACCCAAAUUUGUAUCGCUGCAGAGCGUUUUGCGCCGACAAAGAGGUGGCAUAUUGACACCGUUUUACGGGUUCUGAAGUUGGUAUGUUUUCUUGUGGCAAAAUAAUUGUAGAAAAUAGUGCUAAUCUUCGUAUGUGAUCAAGGCUGGAAACUACGUCAAGGAACACAUUUUAUCAAGUUUUAUCCGUCUUAUCGCCAACUCUGCCGAACUCCAAACCUAUUGUGUGCAGAAGCUUUAUUCUGCCCUCAAAGCGGACAUCACGCAAGAGGCACUCACACUUGCAGGCGCUUGGACUCUAGGGGAGUAUGGAGACUUGUUGCUGAAGGGUGGGCAAUACGAAGAAGAAGAAUCAGUGGUGAAGGUAUCGGAAUCCGAUAUCGUCGACCUCCUCUCAACCAUCCUUACGAGCGCUUACGCUACAUCUAGCGUGAAAGAAUAUAUCAUUACUGCCGUAAUGAAACUGACCACCCGUAUCGACAAUGCUGCGCAAGUCGAACGUAUUCGCCGAAUCCUCCAAUCAUAUUCUGACAGUUUGGAUGUUGAAAUUCAGCAGCGUUCUGUUGAGUACGGGAACAUGUUUGGUUACGACGAGAUACGUCGUGGCGUGUUGGAGAAAAUGCCUCCACCGGUCAUCAAAGAAGUCUCGAGGGUAUUUGAACGGGAGACAGUGCCAAAGGCAAGAGCAGGAAAGAAAGCCGCCAAGAAGCAGUCUGAUGAGGAAGCUCUUUUAGACCUUAUGGGCGGCGAGCCAUCGGAGCCCACUGCGCCUCUAGGCGGAGCGCCGCAGAAUAAUAUGGAACUGCUGAGUGGCAUCCUUGGUGGUGACCCCGUGCCUUCCAAUUCGUCAUCCCCACCUCCAUCAGCCCAAUCGAAUCUCAACAGUAUCAUGGAUUUAUUCAACACCCCGGGAACGUCCGCGUCGGCACCAGUCGCGGCCUCGCAACAGUCAGCAUCAUCGCUUUUAGGUGGCCUCAGCUCAGCCCCAGUCCCGCCCGUUGCUCCGGUUGCGGCUCCAGUUGCAGCACAAGUUUAUAAUAAGAAUGAACUUCAAAUAACGUUGCAGCUGGCGCGUACGGCUGAUGGCACAAUCAACAUCAUCGCCCGUUUCAAGAACAACUCGUUCACAGAUCGCAUCACAAACGUGAGUCUUCAGGCAGCCGUUCCGAGAAGCAUGAGGCUUCAGUUACAACCCAUAAGUGGCUCAGAUCUUGAUCCAGACGCCGAGGCUACCCAAAUGAUGAGGGUUGUAGGGAACGCGGGCAGCGCGUUGAAGAUGAGACUCAAGAUCGGUUAUGUAAAGGAUGGUGUAGGGGAUAUUAUGGAUAUGGUCAAUUGGGUAGAGUCUCUCUAAUUUGUUAAAGACCUCUUGUUCUUAUGUAAGCUUGUUUGGGGAAGUAAUAGACUUGUUUCAUCAUGGGAUAUCACUCUAGUCAUAAUAUGUCACUCGUUUGUAUCCCCUCGUAGAGGCCGUUUGGUAACGCGACAUCGGCUAAGAACACCAAAAUUGCAGGCGCUUGAGCCAAUAUCUACCUACGAUAUUGUAUAUCUUGAAACUUGGCCCUUUUGGGGGGGGGAAAAAGUUGGCUUGAAAUAAAUGUGUAAUUGUAUUAGGCUUUUAUCUCGAGAACAGUACCUGCAGAUCUGUAGGCAUGCAAUUCAGGUAAUGUCUGCAGAUUUUUACAAAGUAUCUUUCCCAUGCGGGAACCAUGGCCUGGCUGGGCCCCGCCUGGGAACAAAAAUUCCACUACCCACUCACUACUCUAGGAGAAUAGAAGGCAAAAAUCGCGUAGUUUUCUCGUGUUAUUAUAUAGUAGUGAAUUGCUUCUCAAAUUUCCUCUAUAACGAUCUCAUGAAGGGGGGAUAGCCAAGCGCCUAGGACACGCAAUGCGAUUUUUGCCAAUUUCUAUUGGCUCCAUAUUAUAGAAAAUACGGGGCAUUCAAAGUAAUCUAGCCCGGUAGCAAUGUUCUGUAUGGUAUGCCAUAAAAAUCGGCACCAUGGCAGGGUGCGGUGCCAACAGGUGAUCAAGAAAGGAUUGGUCGGCGAUCCAUCGUAAUUGGGUGGAAAUAUAUAUAUAUAUCAGUGGGUGCCUUGGAGAGUUCAUCCUAUUUUCCUUUGUAAUUUCUUCCGGUGGGUGAAACUCUGAAUUUUUUCUUUCUUUUUUUUUCCUCCUUACCAAACAACUCGUGUUUUAGUGGAGGACAGGGCAGGAGGAAUGGGUAGAACAAGGGGGGAGGCGUGGUCGGUAUCAUGGAUAAAAGUGUAUUUGUUCCUUACUUUAAAAAAACAUAUAUAAAUUCAGGAUUCAGGCUUGCGCUUUAGAUUACACUGUUGGAAAGAAGAGGUAGUCGUGGAGAACGUUGGGUAUGGUGGGGCCAACAAACCAGAUUCUAGGGGAUGUCUGUUGUCUGAAGAUUGCUAGUAUGGUAUGAUAAUUAUGAUACUGAACGUGAUAUUUAUUGUUCUCGGUCAGUCUUGGGGUUGCUCUCUUGCGCUUAGCGGAACUUAGAUAUGCGAUCCUCACCAUUGUAUUAAGAUACCGCCGCGACCGCCCUUCAUCCGGUAUUUAGAUAUCGCAAAGGCCGACUGAGGACCAUACAAACGGAUGAUUAGAAUU